CAGGGGAAGGACGGGCAGAAUGGCUACCCAGUGCCGUAGCUCGAAAUGCACGGCAGAAAGAAAAGGGUUCCGGCGGGAACUCGAUUCUUGGCGGCACAAGUUGAUACAUUGUGUGGGAUUUGAAAGCAUACUGGAAGGAAUUUAUGGACCAAGGUUCCUCAGAGAUCUCAGUAUUUUUGAAGACUGUGAACCAGAUGCCGUUGAUGAUUGGUCAGAAGAUGCAAGGUGUUCAUUUUGCAAUCUUCAGCUUGAAAAACUAAGUGACCAUAAUCCCACAGUUGCCUCGCCUCAGUCUCCUCCCUGCCCAGACUCACCUCCACCUCAGGGCCAGUCCAACACUGAGAAAAUCCAGUGCCAAGCAGACCGAUUUCUCAACUCAGUCUUUUGCAAGAAAGACUUUCCUCAGAGCUGUGAUUCAAACAUUCCCCAUGUGGCUCAAGAGCUGAUGAGGAAAAUGAUCCAUCAGUUUGCCGUUGAGUAUGCAUCCAAGAGCCAGCAGGAGGGCAAGAAUGGCUUCUCUGUGGACUCUGUUAUCUCUGCACACUGCAGUCUCCCUGACCGGCCUGAUGAGGAUGGCCCCCUGGACCUCACCGUGAGCCGCAGCCACCUGGAUAUGGAUCAAGCAGAUGGCGUUCUUGAUCUCUCAAGAAAGAAAACAGGUGGCUCAUCAAGUGCAUCCUCUCCAAAAGCCUCAGGCUCCAUGAAGACACAUGAAGAUAAAGUCCAAGAAGUAGAGAACACGGACACAUCUUGGAUAAAAUCUGAAGACAGAAGCACAAUAUUGGAAAUGGUCCUGUCAUCUCUGUGCUCCUACCACAAAAGACUUCUCUCCUGCAUCCUGAAGUUUGUGUAUGAAGACUACAUGGUGUCAUUGGGCUUGAGGGACCCCCACCGACGGACUCCCUCUUCAGAAUCUAUGUGUUGCCCCAAUGGGAGGAAAGUGUGUGAGGGGGGAGGUGGUUGUGCCUGCUGCCUGCGGUCCUGCCAACUCACCACAUGUCCUGUUACUUCCGUCUGCGUCUGUCUCAAAAAUCUUCAUGGCCUAUCCUGUCCAAGUGUCACACUCAGCUGCAUCAAAAAGGUCUGCACUUCCUGUGCAGUUUGUCACAGCCAUCAUGAGACACUGUCGUGCACAUACCAAGCUUGCAGAGAUCACUCCUGUUUUACACAUAUCAAGACCAUGGGAAGCAUGGCCACACAAACAAGACAUCUGCCAGUACCCCUCAACAUCCAAGAAGGUCGUCGCAGUCCAUCUCCUCCUCCACUUUCGCCGAAGCCCAUGGACACGGAUUUGAAAAUGACCGAAAGCCACUUUCUAAACCAAACUUUGGAGUGCAAGCCCAUUUGUAUGCAGCCACCUUUUCUAGAGGAAGAAACAAAUGAUUUCUUACAUUCAGUCAAAACUGACCAGGCAGCUGUCUGUAUGGAUGAUGAGCUUCAGUUGGACCUUAAAGGUGAUAUAAAGAAGCCUUUAGAAGAGCAUGGCUCUUUAAUGGGAGAUUUAAUUGACAGAAUCACAGAAAAGCUCAAGUCCAUCACACCACAAGAAGAAGAAAAUGUAAUGUCAGGUAGUCAGAGUCCUGAGUCCAAAGAUGAUGUCCACUUAAAAGAGAUCAUAACAACGGUGUUACAUAGUAGUAAGGAAAAUGAUUAUGACCUGGACGAGCUUCUUCAACAACAUGAAAGUAACAAAAGCAGAUCCCCUCAGACACGCUCACGCAGUAGACAAGAAACCCUUGCUGCCAUGUCCAUUUCUCCAGAUCAACCAUCAGUACGCAGACAGAAUUUACAGAUCAAAAUGGAUAUCGCUAGACUUACCCCGCCUGUCUGCAAGAGACGACUUAGCAUGCAAAAAAAGAAACCUGCUCAGAGCGCCCAGUGUAACCCGGCACCCCUCUCACACUCAGAAAUGCAGUUCCCUCCCAGGUUAGAGGUUGAAGUCCCAAAGGAAACAGACCAGCAGAUGCAGGAAACUACUCAAGACAAUCAUGCCCCAAUGAAACCAGACAUAGAUAUUUGUGAUCAUGCAACAGAGAGACACAAUUAUGAAGAAAAGGAAUCCCCUCCCAGUGAAAUUGAGUUGUGUAAACAGAGCACAGGAACAAAACAGAAAAACAGCAGAGAUGAGUUAAAAUAUCUCCCCAAGAUUGAUACUGCUGAACCUACCAGAUCAAGACGAAAUAUAGUUCCUCCUCAGCGUUUCUCCUCAUACGUUACAGAACCCAGACAGAUGUACUUUGCAGCAUGUUUUUCUGAGAAUAUUUUCAUCCGCAGAACACCUAAAGACAAUGCACUCAAAAAAGUUAGCUCCACUGCAGAGCUUCAAGAAAAUACUUCAAGAAAAAUUACAGACCAGGAAGUCUCUUCUCCAAAAUCUGGCACUGAAAAUCGUCCCAAUGUUAAACUUUCUUCAGACAAUGAAUUGACCGCAACAACUCCCCCAAUCAAACAACUGCAGCAUUUCCCAGAGCAGAAAGAAACAAAACAUAGCUGUCCCUCACAGACUUCAGAAACUGAAGAAGCUGGUGGUCCAAACCUGACUAGACCCUCGAGAAAGUGUAAAACCUUGUUUAACAGAAGUCCAGAAAAACAGCCCUCGAUCGUACAGACAGAAAGUCCAGAAAAAGAUGUAUCUGCAGAUGACAGCAUAGACGUAAAUGCAGAUGAACUGAAUACUGAGUCCCAGAAGUGCCCCUCAGCAAUCCAAUAUACAAGUCCAAUAAAACUAAUGUUUGUGUCACCAGUUAUUGGAGAGGAAGGGUUACGAUAUACCCUAAAAUCUGCAACAGCGGGUCACUUAAAAGGAGAAGUAUUUGAUCCCUGUGAGGAAUCAUCAUGGGGGAGGCCUAAUGGAGUCACUGAGAACACCCAGGACAUAGUCUAUCAAAGCGCAUCUCCCAAACCUGUUGAAAACGAAAGAGAUAAAAAUACGUCUCCAAAAAGUAUUCUGGCUUCUGAUAUAGCUACUCUGUCUGCCCCAUCUAACACUGAGGCCCACAACAGGGAAGUAACCCCUGUGAAGAGACGACCUGGUCGCCCCAAAAAAUUAGGGCCUCAAAUCCAAAAGCCAGCCAAGAGACCCAUUGGUAGACCACCUAAACGUAAAAUGUUAGACCCUGGUGGAGUUAUUUCUACAGAUGCAGACAAAUCAGUGAAGGACAAAACCAUUGCCACUUCCUGUGAUGAGGAGAGUUCCAGUAAAAAUCUUAAAAUAACUGUUGUCUAUGGGAGAUCACGCCGGAGUAGAAGAUUGGUGUCUGAGAGUCAUGUGCAGACAGAGCAUGUGAAUGAAGCUUUCCAUUUCGGAAAACACAGUGAUGACUCCACAAAGAACCUGUUUAUUGAUAGUGUGGAGAAGAAUGGCAUAGAUGCUGAUUCCCUUACUGAAAUGCCCAUAGACCAAGAGGAAUUAAACUUUGUCAGGCCAGUAAAGGAAAGAAAAUGCAUGCCCCAUUCAAGCAGUCAUAUAAAAUGUCAAAAGCAGAAUAGCACCAUGGCUAUUCGAAAGCCAGGGAGACCACCAAAGGUGAAAAUUUCAGGUAUUUCUGUCACUGUUACCACAGUGUCCCCAAGGCAACGGAAGAUCCACAUGAACAGAGAGAUGAAAGAGUCCCCCCCUAGGAGAAGAUCUCUUUUCUCGGAGUACAAUACUCCCAAACAGCCAAAGAAAAUCAUAGAGAAGGGUGAACAGCGUAAAGAGAUUGUUGCCGUCUCUGGUCAAGAAAGUACUGAAGUAAAAGCGCCAGGGAUAGCAGUUAGGCACUCUGUCAGAGAAAGAAAACCUUCCAUCUACUUGCUACACUCAGUUGCCACCUCAAGAUCCCUCAGUCACAGCAAUGCACUGUUGCGUAGGUCUCGCAAGGUCCUCCUCAACAAAGCUAACAGUGAGAAUAAGAAGCAUGGAAAUUUGAAUGGAACCACAGAGGAUGCACUCUCAAUAAAGCCCCCAGUGAAAACAGUUGACAACCUGCAGGAUUUGAGUCAGUUUUCUGCCGUCUCAGUGGACUCUAUAUUUACAUCCAAUGAGCCUUUAAAAUGGUGGCCCACGUCAGCAUCACCCAAAACCUUAAAUGAAGAAUUUGAGAGGAGGAUAAAACUCAUGUCCAACACUUGGAUCUCGGGCCUAACAGAAACCAACAAUGGCGAUUUCAAAACAAGAAUGUCUUCAAGGGCCAAUGGCUCUAAGAAAAUGCCUGUAUCGGCUGUUCAGAUGCUCUUUGAGAGGCACUAUAACAUGGACAAAUUGUGUGCUUGGUUCAUGCAGACAACAGAAACCCAGUCAUUGGCAAUUGUGAAAAAGACAAGUGCUAGAAAUCCAUAUGAAAUCAUGCACUACAAUCCCAUGAGGGUCUCUAAUAGAACCAAUGUGUGUCCAAGUCCCCAAGCAGAAAGGCUGAGAAAACAUGUGAAGAAAUUUGCAAAGGUUUUCCCAAAGAGUCCCAAGAUGCACCAGCAAGCACAGGAGAUUAUGUGCAAUAGAUUACAAGCAAAACACCUCCCCUUAAAAAGACUGCUGGGAAAAACAUCUACUGGCACUCAAAAUGAAUGUGUAAAACCUGGAGAAACAACAUGGGGGCAGUACAGAGCUACCCUGCACAGAGUAAGGUCAAAAUUUAAUACGAAGACUAGACGGCGAUGUCACAGGAAUACACCAUCUGAUUCUGUGACAGAGAGUGAAGUGUCCUGUGUUCUCCAGCCUACAGUUGAGCAAGGAUCUGCGCCUCCACAGACAUUAGACACUUUAACCUCCCUUGAUGAGAGAAUGAACACCCCAGGAACCCUGACCAAGGAAGAGAGGAUCAGCUCCAAAGCAUGGAGUCCUGAAUCACUGAAGGAGUGCAGGGUGUUCCUGAAAAAGAUCAAUUCCCCAGACAACGAACUGACUGCUGAAGAAUGUAAUAUUUGCACAGUGGAGCCCUGCAAUGUCUUGCCCUCUAGGUACAGCACAACGGCUGAGCACAAGGAGCUGGAGAGUGCAGACGCAGCAAAAGGGGGGAGGGCGAGGUGCCCCUCCAGUGAGCUGAAGUCACACUCAUUCCAAAAAGAGUCGCAGAUGUCAGGCAGAGGAGUGAGAAGCGGCAAACACAAAAGUCUCAGUGCAAGUGCGUCACCACCUGCUAAAGCAGCACGACAAUCCAGAAGCAGCAGGGGAUUAUCUGCAGCCAAGUGGGGUGACUUUGUGCUGGGCUAAACAGCUGGUCCUGGCAGUUUUAUAGAAGUACAAAGGAGGGCCAAGUGAGAGGGAAUCCCCAUGGCUGUAAACCAGGUGCCUUCAGUAGUACUCACAUGAUGGUGAGCAGUAGGACACAGAACCUCAGAAAGCAAAAUGUAGCAUAACUUUUAAGUUGAAAUAUAUCAUGGUUGCACUAUUUAUAUGUUUCAUUGACCAGUUUCUUGUUUUUAAGUGUCUCUUUCUUUGUUCCAAUUCUUUAUUGCAUUUUAGGUGUAUGUAUGUUUCAUCUUAAUUUUACAAGUAGCAACCCUCUCCUAGUAAAUGGAAGAUGGAAAAUCAAGUUCACUUUUACUUGUAUUUCAUCACGCACAGUGAAAGUAGCAAAUGAAUGUAAAUGAGCUCUGCUCAAGGUUGUCAUUGUGCUGGGAAUAAUUAGGAGCAUGUCCAUCAGUCUCAGAAACACAACAUGCCAAUGAGAUACUUUCCCUGGGCUUGAAAAUGAUUAAAUAUGUACAUUAUCUAGUUUGUCUGGCCUUUUCCGACCAUUAUGGAGCUGUUCGUAAAGGCUGUCACAGAGCAUGCCCCUAAAUAACACUGAUAUUCAUCCACGAAAAUGUAGCCUAUUAGUUGUGAUCAAACCAUCCCAAGUGUAGUAUUUUUCCUCAGUGCAAUUCUUUCACCCUUUUUGUUUCAAAUUCAAUACUUGUGACUUUAUGUAAUUCUAAAACCCCAUACUUAAGACAUGGAAUGCCAAUCAUAUGUUCUCAAAUAUAAAGCUUUAUGUUUAGAUGAAAGUCUAUGUACCUCCUUGUUGCUGUAAGAGUUGCCUACCUCUUGAUUAAAUCCACUGUAAAGUUCUUCACCCCGUGUAGGUUGAUAGCUUCAGAUCCUGUGUUAACUGGCACACAUUUGUGGUAGAGAUAUGGUAAGACACCUUGUAAAAAAAACCUUUUUCCCUAUGCUGGUGAAAUCUGAGGAACUAUGUGAACCAUAAUUACCUAACUAGUCUCAUUUAGUCUGUGAUGGUGCUUGUUCUCACUCACUGUCUCAAAGGUGCUCUGAACAUUUUUUUUUUUUUUAAGAAGGGGACAAUUUUUGUCAUACGGUUAAUUCUAACUAUACUACAGCUGUACAUGACUACAGCAGGUUCAUCAAAUAUUUGCAUUAAGUUGUCCAGGCCUUACUGCCACGAAGCGGGCAUGCAGAUGUUUUCACAGAGCUAGAUAAUGUCAAGGCUUAAAUGUUCAUUAAACAUCAACUUUAUCAACAUAGUUAACACCAGUUUCCUGAUCCUUUUGUUUUGUUCUUUUCCAUAAUGUUUCAAAUUUAUGUUACAGCUUCACAAUCUGAAAACCAGUGUGUGAUAUAAAUGUCUGAGGUUAGGGUUACCUCUGGUGUUACACUGAAUUUUGUCAGUAAUGCUCUUUAAAAGGGAUGCAUUAAGUGUUUUUGUCUUCUGUCAAAUGUUCCCAAGUAAAGCCACUUUAUUGUUUAUACAUUACAUCUUGAAGUUUCUGGACUCCACUGUAUGACAGUGUGAAUGUGUCUUCACCGACACAUGAACAGGUACCAUGAGGUGCCACAGCACACCUCCACUGUCCACUGAGGUGAUCCUUCAGGGUGCAUGCUCUGGAACUACUGUCAGUCUGUGCAUUACGGUUACGCAUUAAUUUAGCCCAUUUACUCUUGAGAUUGAUAUGGUUAGAAUUCAGCUGUUGAAGUUGGAUAUCUUGGUGCUACAUGGUGUAUAUAGCUGCAGACUUGUAUUUUCUAUAUUAAGUGUUUUUAUACUGACCUUGAAGUGAUCUAAAUGAAAACACUGUCAUUAGGAUAAUAAAUCAUUCUUUUGAA